AUGGAUAAGCCAAUUGUUGAAAUCGUCUCCACUCCUACCAGUGCUGCAUUUCAUUCAACCUGCGUUCAAAGAUCUCUUUACCUCUUUUACCGACGGGCACGACCAGCAAGGCGCACAACAACACAAACUCGUCAACUCUCGGACGGAACACGACGUGUGGUUCUCCGCGGCGCGGCCUACUUGGUGGAACAGCAGUGCGAGUUAAGCGUGACACGUUACGGUUGCAUGUCGGUUACGUUGCAGACGACAUUGGGCGACAUCAAAAUCGAAUUGUACUGCGACUUAUGUCCGAAGACCUGUGAAAAUUUCUUGGCAUUGUGUGCAAGCGGUUACUACGACAACUGCAUUUUUCAUCGUAAUAUCAAAGAUUUUAUGGUACAAACUGGUGAUCCAACUGGAACAGGUAAAGGAGGUGAUAGUAUUUGGGGUGGCCCGAUUGAAGACGAAUUAAAUACUGCUUUGAAGCACGACGCCAGGGGCGUUGUGUCUAUGGCUGGUAACGGACCAAAUACAAGUCGAUCACAAUUCUUUAUUACGUACGCAAAGCAUCCAACGCUGGACUUAAAAUAUACUAUUUUUGGACGGAUUGUGUUACGGCAUUUAACCGAUGCAAAGGAUGAGGAGCUGUUGAGAUCCGAUGAAAGGUAUCCGAUCGAAAGAGAAAAGCAAAUGGAUUUGGAGAGAAUUCGAGAAAUGCAAAAGUAUUUUGAGCAAUACGCUGAAGAGUAUAUCGAAACGGAAACUGAGUCGCAAACUUCAUACGAAAUUAUAAUGAAAUCGGAUCGCUUACGCCAACGUCUUGAACCUCUGCUAAACUUUGAGCAAGGUUCUUCAUCAAGUCUGUUUAGUGUGAGAGAGAUUGUGAACAUAUUGCGAGCAGAGCGCGCCGAAGAUAUUAUUUGUAUCAAAGUGCCUGUCAGUGACAUACGUGAUAGAUAUGUUGUUAUUUGUACACCUCAUAAUAUUAGACAUGGUGAGGCCAUGGUACUUGCUAUACGGAAAUGUUUCAAACUUAAGACUAAUCAUCAGGUGCAGCCACCGAAAAAAGCGAAAGUUGGUCGAUGGUUGUGUUAUAGUUUCGAAGAUAUAUCUAUACACAUAAUGACUCGUGAGGCGCGAUUCAAAUAUGAUCUUGAAAGCCUUUGGGGCAUUGGAUGGACGGAAACGUUAGAAGAUGAAGUCAAUAUUUCAAAUCCAGAAUUUUCGAUGCCUGCUAUUAAUUAG